UCAUAAUGAAAUCACGACUUGAAUUACACUAUCUAGUAAAAUCAUAAAAUUAAAAUCAUAAAAACAGUUAUUAGUAUUUUAUAAUAUUUUAUUUCAUUGUUGUAUCGAGCCUUUUUUCAGUGUCGAGUUAAUGCUAUUAUUCUAGCAUAUGUUCCAGGUUUUGAUAAACUAAAAUAACCGAUUGUUCACACAACAUCGUGAUAUUGAUAACAAAAGUAGAAAAGAAAAGAUUGAAUAAAAAGCAUUACAAUCUUGAAUUUGUUUAAAGUCUAAAAAGAAAAGCGCUAAAAUCUAUGAUCGCACAAAUAUACGAUGCAUUUUAUUAGGAUAAAAGAAAUCGUAAGGCGAAUAUUCUAUUCGUCAUAUUUUUACAUAGCCAUUUUUGUUUUUACCACAUGCAUAUCAGUUUCUGCAAUAUAUAAAGAACCUUCAAAUGAUGAAGAUACUAAACUCAAUACAGCAAAUAACUUGAUAUAUAAUAAAUCGAUAUAUAAUUUGAAUAAUGUAAAACAAAUACUGCUACCACGUUAUUUUAAAUAUUGGAAAUGGGAUCAUAUUACCAUAAAAGCUGUGGUAUCUACAUUUGCAGUAAUUUUUGUUGUAUUCUUGAUUAUAUGCAGAUAUUUCAUCAAGAAAUAUACUCUGAUCAUAGUAAAUCUGUUUAUUCGCUUAUUUAAUCGUAAUGAGUCAGCUAGGAACAAUGAUCCAGUUAACCUUUAUCAAGACAUUUACUUCAAUGCGGAUACAUUAGAAUACUUAUCAGAAGAUGUUUAAUUUGGAAAGUUAACAUUGAUAUUUAACGCAUUAUCAUAAUGCACAUAACUGUAAUAUUGAUAAAGUUUCUAAAAUACAUUAUGACGCCUGAUUCUCAACUUCAAAUCGUUUAGACAUCGCAUAUGUUGUAAUGCAUGAUUAAUUAUUAAGAUAGGAUCUUUUUACAUAAAUAUAUAAUGUAACGACAAAUAGAAAAACUACU